AUGGACAAGACUGGCACAAUCGUGGCUCACGCCCCCCAUAAUAGAAGAGAUUCCACGCUCUCUACGACAAAAAUUGCAACCAAAAUUGCAAAGAAGGACUUCAUCAAAAAAUGGCUUCACACCACUCCCCGCAAAACGAUCAGCGUCCCCGCAAACCCAGAGUUCACCUUGGAGAAGCCAGAUUUCACCCCGGGAGACUUCAUGAAGCACAUUUGUGUGGAUUUCACCGCCAUGAUCCAAGAAGCGAUCAAAAACAGUCCGUCCAACAAACAAUCUACAAGAGGCAUCUGCAAGGAAAUCAUGCGAACCAACGCUUGGUAUCGCACCCACCAAAACUCGGGCUGGCAAGAAAUUGUCGCUGAAGAGCUUGCGAAAAAUCCCAUCUUCCGACCUCUGAUUGAAUGCCACAAUGGGAAAAUCAGCAGGACGAGGAGUGUGAAAUGGUUGCUGAGCUUCGCCGCGCCCACCAGUACCGCGCAUGCCAGUACCGCAGAAAGCACAUCGUCAGACACGAACACAGAGUCUGGAUGGAAUGUUCCGGAGUUAUCGGACACUAGUACUGCGGUGGAUUCCAGUACGGAAAGUGCACACGGACCGCCGCAGCGAAGUUCUACAGAGGUGUCAUGCACCAGCACUAGCACUGACAUCAGCAGCAUCAGCACUGGCAACAGCAUGAGCAGGAGUACAGAAUAUGAAAUACAAUUCCCUCCCGAGGAUCUCGCAGAACUACCCGCAUCAUGCAUGGAUGCUGAAUUACCGGAAAGUUGUGUCGCGAAGCCAAAGUGUGGGUCUUGGGAGAAUACAUACUCCGUAUCCCCCAUAACCACUUUUGAGACCCACGAAGGCGAGAGGUACACGGAAAGACCCUUCUCUAUGUCGGAACUGACACUGGUCUCUCCUAUAUCUCCACAGUCGCCCAACCGAUUCUCACCCACCUCAUUUGCUGCGUUUUCUCUACAUUUGCCAAAUGAAUCCUCAUAUUAUGAUAAUCACACCAGUACUCCUCCCCCAAAAUACGUGGAUAUCCCACGCAAGCGUGAUGAAUCUUUCCACAUGGAGCUGGAACCUGAUCCGACUCACAUUGGUGGAAGGAUGUCUUUCGAUAUGUCAUCAAUUGCUCCUCAGUCACCGAGGCGUAUGACUGCGAGUCCAAUCUCGAGCAUUACCCAAGUACAGGAGAAUUCGAACUCGCGUCUGGCCGAGACUCGAGUUUCAUCAUCGGCUCUUUCCUCGACUACCUCAGAGUGGCCCAUUCACAGUCCGAAACCGGGUCCCGCCAGCAAUAAUUGUUCACUCAAGCGCGGGAAUUAUGUGAGGAAGUCAAAGAAGCCCGUCAAUAUGCAGCAGAGGGAAGAAAUCGGACGUUGGAUUGAGGAGAUACCCUCUCAAACUCAGCCGACACCGCCAGACACUUCUGGGUCGCAUUUGAUACGAUACCAACUUUACGAUACCCCGAUGGAGGACGAGGAGAUGGACAACAAUGACUCAUCAGCUGCCAAUAACGGGGGAAGGAUUCCCUCGGGUUUUGGAGACACCAAUGAUUCUGGGGAAAAAUCGCCCCCCAAAAAGGGCGGUCGCCCUCCACCGCAAGAUAACAGAGGUACGGGACGCGAUGACGACGGCAACCAAGAUCGAAAGAGGAAGCGCCUACAUUCCCCAGACAGAGACGAAAGACGCAGAUUCGCGUGUGUGUAUCACAAGUUUGACCCGAACACGUAUGGCGUCAAUAACCGGAAGUAUCUGGUGUGUGCGGGAGCCGGAUUCAAAUUUACAUCUGAGCUUGUCCGCCAUCUCGCUCGGAACCACGAUGAGUUCAUUUGCGGCAAUUGCCUUGAACAGUUUGCAGACGACGAGCAACGUCAUAACCAUUACGAGCAUUGUACCGUUCGGCUCCGGUGCUCCCAAGAAGAACGUUGGCAAAUUCUCUACCGUGCCCGGUUCCCGGGUGCUCCAGUCCCAGAAGAUCCAUACCAGUCGACUCGACUAAGAACCCCCCCUCCAAGAAUAAACACUAGCCUCGGGCCGGCACCAACCAACACAGAACCUAGCUCAAACGCAUCUGGUUUAGCCCCCUCAUUACCUUCUACCAGUUCCAGUGAAACAUCCCCAAAGUUAAUGGAGUGUAUGGUCCGCAUAGAAGGCCUUGAGAAGCGUUUACCCGACUUCGAAGACAGGAUCAUCCGGCUAGUAAUGAAGCUAGAUCCCACAUCGUCGAACCCAGUAUCCAGAACACACAGCCACAUAUCGCAAAAGUGCCCAACGGUCUCUCCGUCCUUAAAAUCUGCCGCAGAUGAGCCCUUCUUUUCAUCUCAGGGUGGUACUGAUACAACUACUUCGAGCUCAAAACCAUCCCCUUCGUCAGAUGUACCCUUUAACUGGUCAGCCUUUCAACCAUCAACAGGCGAUAUCUUGAUUCAACCUUCACAGACUACUGAUGUAAACAUGGAUGAUAGCGGGCUCUGGAGGGAGUUUCCAGAUGGAACUAAUGCAUCUGUCACUGCGCUUAAUCACUUUUCGAGUGUGUGGAGUAGCAGUGAUGGGGAAAGGAAUUCGUUUGGGAAAGAGAUGGGUCAGCAGUCGGACCCACCCCCAACGAAUUUGGCAGACUUUGCGUGGGGGGAUGUCAUGUUCCCGGCUCAUGAUUUCGGGUCAUAA